AUGAGUAUAUUAGUAUGGAACUGCCAAGGGCUUGGGAACCUUUGGACAGUUAGUGUCCUUAAGAAUCUAACUAAGGAAAAGUGGCCCAAAUUAGUUUUCCUUGUGGAGACUAAGAGCAAAAAAACAAGAUUGGAGGAGGUGAGGAGGAGUUUGAAGACGGAUGGUUGUUUUGCUGUGAAUUGUGUGGGUAUGAGUGGAGGCAUUACAUUACUCUGGAAGGAAGCUUGGCAUGUCAAAAUAAUCAACUACACAAGAUGGCAUAUCAGUGCACUAAUUCAGGAAGGAGACCCUGGACCAACAUGGAAGUUCACAAGGUUCUAUGGACACCCUGAUUCUGCCAAAAGGAGUAGCAGUUGGCAAUUGUUGCAAAUGCUAAAACCUUCCAGCCCCAUUGCCUGGCUUUGUGCAGGUGACUUCAAUGAGAUCCUGCACCAGAAAGAAAAAGUGGGUGGAGCAAGCAGGCCUUAUAGACAAAUCGAGUCCUUCAGAAUGGUAGUUGACUCCUGUGGGCUUAAUGACAUCCAUUCACAGGGACUGAGGUUCACAUGGUCCAGUAACAGGUGUGGAAAGGCUUUCAUAAAAGAAAGGAUAGAUAGAGCGUUUGCUAACAAGAAAUGGAAUGAGCUCUUCAAGAAUGGUUCGUGUACUAUCCUUGCUGCAAUUAAAUCUUAUCACUCUCCCCUUGUAAUUGAAAAGCACACCAAAGGUCCUAAGGGAAAAAAAAAGAAAAAAGAAAAAAAAAGAAAGAGCUGUUUUAGAUAUGAAGUGGCUUGGGAGUUGAGAGAAGAUUGCUUGAAUACAAUAACUGAGGCAUGGAGGAAGGAUGGAGGAGAAGGGGGAAAGGCUAGCCAGUUAAGACAGAAGCUUCGUGUAUGUCAGAGAGACUUGCAGUUUUGGAAUAAGAAGAGGCAAUAG